AUGCCUUCUAUACCAACCAUCGCCGGCGCCACCUUGGUAGGAGACACUGGCGGCGACUUUAACCAAGCACGCACAUUGACCGAGGAUGGUGGCGCAUACGCACUUCGACGCGCUCAUGGCUCCCAGGUUGACACUAAUUACUUCCGCGAGGCACAAUUCAGCCCUGAUGGCACGACAAUCAUCACGCAUAACGGAGACCAACAGCUGAGGACGUUCAUAUUGCCGCCCGAUCUCCUUGAGCCCAGUGAGAACGCUGCGCACCUGCAGCAAUAUGCCAGCUUUACGCCACCAACACCGAUCUCAAGCUACGCAGUCUACCCUGGCUUCUCCCUCCAUGACCCUUCGACAACCAUUGUACUCACCGGCUCAGCCGAUCAACCAAUAGCCCUGCGGAACGCGUUGGACUACCGUACUGUGCACGCCAAGUACUUCCUAGUAAGCCCGACCACCGAGGAGUACCACAAGCCGCACAGUCUGCUGUUCACGCCAGAUGGCUCGCAGUUCGUCGCUGGGAGCAUGAGUCAAAUCGCUGUCUUUGACUGCACCCGUGAUUGCGAAGGUCCCAUCUUCCAGCAUCGAACCGCGGGCAAGGGAAGGAGACUCCAUGGCAGGCCGAGCAUGAGUUGCAACUGCUUCAUCAGUGCUCUUGCUAUAAAUGCCGAUGGCGUGUUAGCUGCAGGUAGUACCGAGCGUGAGUUUGGGCUUUAUGAUCAACAAGGUCAAGGGCAAUCCGUGACUGCGUUCUCUCUCGGCUUUCAGGCAGGUAGGCGAGGCACAGGCAUCACUUCGGUGAAGUGGAGUCCUGAUGGUACCUAUCUACUCGUCGCAGAACGUCAGAGCGACGGGAUCCAUGUGUUUGACGUGCGGAACCUGCGGCAGAAAGUGGCUUGGCUCAGCGGACGCAAAGCCCGCACAAACCAGAAACUCGGCAUCGAUGUAGUACCGACUGCGGAGGGCUACGAGGUUUGGGCUGGUGGAACGGACGGGUUCGUACGGAAGUGGCAGGAUCCAGGUCGCGUUGAGGACGAGCAUCCUCCAGAUGGCGAGGUGAAGCUACAUAGCGAUGCGAUAGCGACUGCCGCUUGGCAUUACACCGGUGCUGUUCUGGCUACUUGCUCAGGAUCGCGGAGUGAUUCGCCGCUUCCGCAUGGGGAUGACGGAGAGACGAUGGAUCUUGAGGAGCCUAUUGCAGCAAGCGAAGUCGAUAGCAGGCUCGCAAUCUGGACGGUAGGGCAACGGAAUCGAACAGGCGAGACUUGA